CCAGCCAGGGCAACGAUGAAGGGUCUGAGCCGCCUGCUCCGCACCGAGGAGGAUGCUGUGCGGGGAGCCAUGGCAGCCAGCCAUGAGGGCCUAUUGCCAGAUGAGAGAGAAUUUCAAUAUGCUGCUAAAAUUAACAAUUUGGAAACCAUGGAAAAGCUGUUUAAAAAGAAUGUUAAUUUAAAUGCUGUAGAUACUCUGAAGCGCACUGCAUUCCAUUUUGCUGUUGCGGGAGGUCAUGUAUCAGUGGUGGAUUUUCUUCUUCAUCACAAGGCUAGGCUUGACAUAUCAGAUCAGCAUGGCCUGACAGUGAUUCAUCUUGCAGCUUGGACUGGAAAUCUGGAUAUAAUGCGAAAAUUAGUUAAAGCAGGUGCUGAUCAAAAGGCUAAGAAUGAGGAAGGAAUGAAUGUACUGCACUUUGCAGCUCAGAACAACAGCGUUAAAAUAGUUGAUUAUUUUCUCCAAGAACUUCAUCUGAAUGACUUGAACAAGCCUGAUGCGAAAGGUAAAAAGCCAUUUCUUCUGGCUUCUGAGAAAGGCCAUGUUGACAUGAUAAACAAUUUGAUUGCUCUGAAACUGUUCACAUCUGAAAAAGAUAAGGAGGGAAACACAGCAUUGCAUUUAGCAGCCAAAAAUGGUCACAGUGAAGUUGUAGAAAUUCUGCUUGAACAGUGGGAGGAAAUAAAUGACCUCAAUCAGAACGGAGAAACUCCAUUUUACUUGUCUGUUAAAGGAGGUCAUGAAAAAUGUGCUGAACUCUUACUGGAUGCAGGGAGUGACAUCAAUGUUUUAACUCAGAAUGAUAGCAGUGCUUUGCAGGUUGCAAUUCAGAAUGGACAUCUAUCCUUGGUUACUUUUCUUAUUGGUAAGAAUAUUGACCUGGUUCCUAAACCCGAGCAGAAGAAUUCCCCUCUCCAUUUAGCAGUCAUUGGUAACAAUCUACCAGUAGUAAAAAGCCUUUUGGAUGCCAAUCAUGAUAUAAACUCCUUAAACAAUAGGCAGGAAACCCCUCUGCAUUUGGCAGCUGAUCUUGGUAAUGUGGAGCUGGUGGAAGUGCUGCUUAAGGCAGGAUGUGAUCUCAAGGCCAUGGAUAAGCAUGGAAAAACUGCACUAGCUGUGGCAUCAAGGAGCAAUCAUGCCCUCAUUGUAGAUAUGAUCAUUAAAGCAGAAAGGUAUUACACCAUGAAACAGACACAUUUAGCUCAAAGCGAUGAUGGCUCAGACUUCAGCUUUUCCUUCAAACAAGAUCACAGUAUACAGACCAAGCAAAUCCGUUCCUCCCUUUGGAAUCUAGCAUACAACCAGUUAAAACCCCGUGAAUGGAAAAAACUGGCCAUAUUCUGGAAGUUCACAGAUGAACAAAUUAAAGCCAUUGAAGAACAGUGGACAGGGAAAAAAAGUUACAAGGAACAUGGAAACAGAAUGUUGCUCAUCUGGUUACAUGGGACACUGCUGGCUCAUCAGAAUCCUGUCAAACAUCUAUAUGAAGAUCUCAUGGCAGCAGGAUUUCAGCAUUUAGCUGAGAAGAUCAGAACUUCAAUUAGCACUGGCAUGGACUCCAGAAAAUGUGCAGUUUCAUGAGUUCAUCAAUAAAACAUGGCAGAUAUGGUGGAAUUACAUGCCAGAUGGAAAGUGACUUUCAAAUAAUAUCUUUUCUGGAAACAAAAACCUAUUUUGAAGUUGUACAACGUUUUCCAAGCUAGAAGAACUUGCACUCUUGAAAUGUAGGUUACCUCUUUGUCAAAUGCUUGCUAUACAACAAUUUAAAGAAUUUAAGAGUGAAUGGCUGACUGGUGAUUUAUGACUAUACUGCUAAGCAAGAGCCCCCCCUUACAAUUUCUACACCUCACUUAACAUUGAUUCACUAAUUCCAUACUGGAACUGCAAAUUAAUUUUAUGUUUGACAUGAAAUAUAAAUAAGAUGUUUUCUACCUGAAAAAAGGUCAAAUUUAAUAAGUAAAAAUUAUUAGUAUAAAUAAAUCAACACUUCCAGAAAUAGGCUAGCACCUGGCCUCAUCUGAGAUUCAGCUUUUCAUAAAGUCUUCCUAGGAUUAUGACAAGUCAUUCUUCUUCAGCAUUUGAAUUAUAUAGUGAAAAUACACAAAAAUGUCAUGUCUAAACUCAAGUGUGUCUGGCUACAGAAUUUUCUGUCAUGCUGUAUAC